AUGUCUGAAGUUGAUUGUCUCAUGGAAAUAGAUGAUCCAAGGAUUGUCAGGCUCUAUAACAAUUAUGUUUUUGACAAUCACAUCUAUAUGUUGAUGGAACAUUGUGUUGGAGAUCUAUCAAAAUUCCUUGGAAAGGAAACUCCGCCAAAGGGAAUUGAACUCCAAAGCUAUAUCCGUGGUGUUAUUACUGCUGUAAAAGCUUGUCAUGAUAAAAACAUUGCUCAUUGUGAUCUCAAACCAUCUAAUUUCUUAAUUGAUACAUAUGGAAGAAUAAAGAUCGGAGAUUUUGGUCUCUCAACAAUAUUUAGAGACAAGCCAACAGCAUCAUGCGUAAAAGGAACUCCAAUGUUCAUGGCUCCUGAAAUUUUCAAGCCAUACGAAUACAAUCCAAUGAAAGCAGAUAUUUGGGCAAUGGGUGUAACAUUAUAUGUUAUUGCUACAGGAAUGCUUCCAUUCCAUGGAAGAAAUAUUGGAGAAAUCGUUAGCAAGAUUGAAAACUGUGAUUACAAUAUUCAACUUGUUGAAGAUAAUGAUUUGAAGAUAUUAAUUGCACAGUGCCUUGAUUUAGACCCUGAAUGCCGCCCAACUCCUGAUCAACUUCUUAUUAUGAAUUAUUUUAAGAAGUUUGAACAAUCAUUAGGUAAGAUUGGAGUUUCAAAGAACUAUCUUAACAAGACACAGUUUGUAAUAAAGCCCAAGCUUAAUAGUCCUAAUGUUGCAGUUCCAAGGAAUUCAUUUUGCCUUAGACGUGUUAGAACAUACCCACGUGUUCAAAAGAUUCCAAACUUUUAG